AUGGGAGUGGUGUUAGAGAGCGAUUCCGAGGACGAGGAGAAAGUCCUCCUCCCACAGAAGAAGGAGAAGGAGGAAUCCUCCGAUUCCGAGGAGGAAGCCGAGAGCACGGACGACGAAGGUGAACCGAAGCAAAAGAAGCAAAAGACAGACACGAAGAAGAAGAAGAAGAAGAAGAAACAAGAUGAUUCGGAUUCGGAAAACUCAGACGUCAUCGACGAUUUAUCCGGCGACGAAGUCGACCAGUCAAACAUCAUCGCCGGUGGACGAGCCAGUCGAUCGACGAGGCCGGUGUUUACGAAACAGAUGUACGCCGCGGCGAACUUAGAGGACGAGAGCGAAGACGAAGAGUAA